AUGGCCCUGUGCUUGCAUUUAAUCUGUGUAAGUGUGUUUUUUCUCCACUGCUGCGCAAACCACCUGGCUACAUUUUCAAUAAAAAUUCUGGAGUUUCAAAACCAUGAGCGUCGUCGAAUGGAUGGUACUUGCUGCGGGAAAGGUAAAACUGGUGAACGCAAUUCCUCUGUUUGUGUCGCCGAAUGCUCCUUGGAGUUCCGUAUUUGCUUAGAACCGUUCUCCAUCCCGGUCUCCUUGACAGAUCGGACUCCCUAUGCUGGACCUUGUAUUUAUGGCGAAGGAACUACUGGACAUUGGGGCAACACGGAUAUGCAGUACACGUUCUCGGAAGCGCCAACUCAUAAAAUCAACAUAACGCUUUCUUGGCCGCUUUCAUUCGCAGUCAUCGUAGAGGCUUAUGAUAUGAUUACACUCAAUAAGAGGUACCUCAUUGAUCGAGCGGUACAUCGGAGUCUACUUCGCCCAGUUUCAAAUUUCCCGAGUCAAUCGGUUGCUGGCGUGAAAGAAUGGCACCAUGUGACCACGACAACUCAAGUUUCUGGAUAUACGUUCAGCAUCCGGCUAGCUUGUCAACCAGAUCAUUAUAAUAACACGUGCACCAAGAUAUGCUUGAAAAACAGCACCCAAUACGUGUGCGACUCAAACGGGGAUAAAGUUUGCGAGCCAGGCUGGAGUGGUUCCGAAUGUGAUACACCAAUCUGCAAAGUAGGCUGCCAUCCAAACCACGGAAAUUGUUUGCAGCCAGGCGAAUGCGAAUGUGCCAUUGGAUGGCAAGGUCCAUACUGUGACGAAUGCGUGAAGUACCCCGGGUGCAAACACGGAACGUGUGACGAUGCACCGUUUACCUGUCGCUGUCUGCCGAAUUGGGGCGGACCGUUCUGUGACCAAGACUUGGACUAUUGUAGCCGGCAUCAACCGUGUAAAAAUGGGGGCAUCUGUAAGAAUGAACCGACUGCAAGCAAGCAAUUUAGUUGCAGCUGUCCAAAAGAUUUCACUGGGGAAUUGUGCGAAACCAAGUUGGCACCUUGCACCUGGAAUCCGUGCAAACGUGGUCGAUGUGUUCCCAAGGGAGCUGAUAACUACAGGUGUGAAUGUGAACCUGGAUGGCGAGGUGACCACUGUGAGAAGAACAUUGACUACUGUUUGAAAAACUCGUGUCUUAAUGGUGGAAUUUGCCAGGAUCUGGACGGCAUUGGCUUUCGCUGUCUGUGUCCACCUGGGUUCAAAGGGGCCAACUGUCAAUUGAGGUCGCCCUGUGGAAAUUCUCGGUGUGUACAUGCACGGGAUUGUACACAGCUCAUUCCACCGGUGAAUGGAGUCGAGUACAGCUGCCUCUGUCAACCUGGCUGGACUGGACAAUUCUGUGAUCAGAAUAUUGAUGACUGUGUGGAUAAGUGUCAGAACGGUGGAACGUGUCAUGAUUUGGUGGACGAUUUCUAUUGCACUUGCCCGAAAGGUUUUUACGGAAGACACUGUGAAAUCAAUCGUGAGUGUACCAGUGAGCCAUGCCAAAAUAAUGGCAUUUGUCACGAGAUUACUGGAGGAUAUCGCUGCGAAUGUCCGAACGGGUACACCGGUCAUAACUGUGAGAUUGCGACGAAUGGCUGCAGUCCAAAUCCGUGUCAAAAUACUGCAUACUGCUACACUGUGCCGAAUGGUUUCUAUUGCAAAUGUUCUUCAAAACAUUACGGGCAAUUCUGUGAACAUGAGCGUCCAUACUGCGGACCAGCAGGUUGUGCCAUUGUCACAGAUCCAUGUCUCACCUCAAUGCAAAGCCGGUCAAGCGUCUACCCUUCUCUCACUCAAACUGUCCCACAGAACGACACUGCUCUCUCUGAAGAAACACAUGCAGUCAGUUCUCCUUGGGGAGUUUGCGGCCCCCACGGGACCUGCGUGAAAACAGAGGACGAGGGCAUGGGUUACAUGUGUGUAUGCAGUAGUGGUUUUCAAGGAAAAUAUUGUCAAGAACCAGUAAAUCAUUGCGAAGAUAACCCAUGCAUGCACGGAGGAACGUGUAUUAACACUCUCGACGGUGUUGAAUGCAUGUGUCAGGAGGGCUUCGUGGGCCCUUUAUGUGAAACACCCCAGGAUUUGUGUCACCCUAAUCCUUGUCAGAACGGAGGUAACUGCCAUCACACCAUUCACCCUGGGGAUUUCUUCUGCAGCUGUGACGUUGGCUGGUCAGGUCGAUGGUGUCAAUUGAGGACAGAAGAUCCUUGCAAUGCUUCCAGAAUAUGUUUCAACAAUGGGGCCUGCCACUCCAACCCUCAUAUUCCUGGUGGAUUUCAGUGUGAAUGCGGAGAGAACUGGAUGGGAUCAGUGUGCCAUUUGCGUCGACCUGACUCAAGAGCUUGUGCAAACCGAACGCUAUGUAAAAACGGAGCAACGUGUGUCGAUGUCGGUGAUAGUUUCAACUGCAUUUGUCGACCUGGGUUUGAUGGACAAUACUGUCAAAACAAUAUCAACGAGUGCAGUUCAAUGCCCUGCUACAACAAUGGAACAUGUGUAGAUUUGAUCAACUCAUUCGAGUGCCAGUGCCCCAAAGGAUUUACCGGGAGCGACUGCAGUAUCAACAUCAACGAAUGCGCGACCAAUCCUUGUGCCUUCGGUUCGACAUGCAUCGAUCGAGUUGGGGACUACCAGUGUAUAUGCCCUGAAAGUCGCCAUGGUCGUCAUUGUGAAGAAGUGCUUAUCUACAGCCCACCGAAGCCACCAGCGUGUAACUUCCACGAGCGCAUAUAUGAUCACAACGAGACGUGGACUUACGAUUGCCAGCACUGCCAAUGUGACAUGGGACAAGUCGUGUGCAAAGACGAAUUUUGUGGAUACUGGUCCUGUUUUCGUGCCGUGGGCCAAUCAGACCCGUUCGCUUGCAAGGCAGAUGAGGUCUGCCACAUCCUGUCAUCCGGUGGGGAAGGCGAAUGCUUUGUCCCACCUUGCUAUCUGAGAACAGUCUGUUUGAACACUACUCAGUCGAUCCCAGCCCAGUUGCGACGCAUGAUGCCAGAUAUGUACCCUGGACCAGCUAUGCCUGGUUGUCGCCCAAACGCAGCACACCUCAACAACCGCUGUGCUCGUAUCAUACUGCAAUUUUCCAGAGCGAGACUGCCAUACGGCGUUACCGUCGGCGAUGUAUGUAUGUCAGUGCGCCAACUUCCUACUACAUUGCGGCACCGAGAAAAACAAGAAGAGGCUAAAAACUUCGGCAUGAGUUGCGAUUUACGUGCAACCUACACCAAGGAGCAAGGAAAUGCUAUAGAAAUCACCAUAAGCGCAGAUGGCGACCAACUACAGGUAGGGCCAGACGGACAAGAACACUCUUUUGCCCACUUGUUGGCAUACAACAUUUCCAAGGAUAUUGCCCAAAAGGCAGCGACCAAUAUAACUAUGCGCAAAGAUGAACUGGGGCCAUUAUGGACCGAUGAAACAAUGCCACUUCCUCCUUUCAGUCAACUGCUUGUGACCAAUCAACUUGACAAGUAUUGGCACCGAGUUUUACUUGGCGUGGUGGAAAUCCACGUGGACACGAUGGUUUUGAGGGAAAAGGAUUUCGGUUCUCCUAUUCUGAUCCCAUUGGUAUGCUCACUCAUUCUGGCCGCAGCAGUCAUCUGCACCAUUUUCAUCUGCGCUUACGCACAACGCAAACACCAUCAGCUUCUGCUGAAAUACGCAUCCAGUGUGGCACCAAACAACGAUCCGUCUGCCAAUGCUAAAUUUUUCACUCAAAACGUGGACAACAAUAUACGGCAAGCAGGAAAAUUGACGAAUCGGAUGGUCAGACCCGUCAGCGAAGCUCAAAUUCAGUCCCAAUUUGCAGCGAUUGUGCCCGUAUCUAUUGUUGCACGAACUUCAUCAGGGAAACGUAUUCCGGGUCCAGCAUCAAGUCUACUCCGCACAAUUGAGAGAGAAUGUGAAGCACCCUCGGCUGCUCAUGUGCGACCCAUCGUAGUAUGAAUUUAGGCAAGAAACCCACGAACUAGGCUUGUUUUUCUGUGAUAAGCUUUUGUUACCAGUAAGCGACAUAGAAAUAAAGUCAUUUAACUGCCGUGCGCA